AGGAAGGAGAACCCUAUAAAUUAACGCAGAUAACAGUCGGCAAGAAAAUCAAUGGCGAGGUUUUCUGUUGGUGGGGACGAAGAAGAUGGAAAUGAGGAUAGUUCCAACAACGAUAGACGGUUGCCUAAACGACUCCGGACCGGCGCCGCCGGUGCUCCCAUCGUUUACACUGCGAAAAGGUCCAACGCUUCCUCAUCGAACCCUGCCGGCCUCGUUGCGGCCUCCAACUUGGUCAAUCCAGCGCCGCCCUGCACGGUUGCUGCGGCAGAGGAACCGAGACCGGAGGAACAGGCUCCGGUAGAGGAACUGUCGGAAGACGAAAGCGAAGAGGAAUCGGAGUCUUCGCUGGCCGAUUCGUCGGAGGAAGAAUCGGAGGAAGAAUACGAGGAAGAAGAGGAAGAAGCGGAUCAGGCGAGUCCGAGGAGCGGAGAUGAGGUGUCGCCGUCCCCGGAGGCGAUAUUGAGUUCAGCUCCGCCUGAUGCAAAUGGUCCGGCUCGUGAGGAGGCGGCGCGUGGUGCAAAUGCGCAGGCGGCGGGCGUGGGCGUGGGGGUGUUGGUGACCCUGACGGAUCCGGAUGUGCUGGAUUGCCCUAUUUGUCUAGAACCUCUCAGCUCACCCAUUUAUCAGUGUGAGAACGGGCACAUAGCAUGCGCAUCAUGCUGCAUCAAGAUGAGGAACAAAUGCGCGAGUUGCUGCUGGCCAAUCGGGUACAACAGAUGCAGGGCCAUGGAGAAGGUUCUCGAAACGGUGCGAGUCUCAUGCCGGUACGCGGGCCACGGAUGCGCAGCCUCAUUAAACUACAGCAAGAAACUCGAUCACGAGAAGACAUGCACAUACACCCCGUGCUCAUGCCCGUACCUCGGCUGCGCCUAUUUCGGUUCUUCCAAAUGCCUCUACUCGCACUUCACAACAGACCACCCGAGAUCCUCCAAGCCCUUCAGGUUCAACUCUUCCAUCCAUGUUAUAUUAACCAGCAAUCAGAAACAGGUCUUCCUCCAAGAAAAGCACGAGCAGACAUUGUUUGUCCUCAGGCGCUCCAUCGAGCAUUUUGGAAGUUCCGUCACUGUUGUGUGCAUUGCCCCGGUUUCAUCGAGCCCGCAGUUUACCUACAGCCUUACGGCUAGAGACGGGGUGGGGUCUAUCCAGCUGAAAACGGCAGCGGAAACCACCCCGUGCUGGGCUCCUGGUCAGCGUCCGAAAAGAUAUGCCGUCAUCCCAAAGGAAUUUCUAAAUGGCGCCGGCGACCUCGUUUUGGAACUAACUGUUUGGAGGGACGCGAAUCAGAAUCAUAAUCAGAAUCAGAACCAGAAUCAGUAGAACUCGGUAUGAUGAUUCUUCGAUCUUUUUUCUUUUUUCUUUUUUCUUUUUUUUACCACUGUGUUUCGAUUCUUCUAACCUGUUUCAUCUAUGGCGACUGUGCAUUCAGUGUUCUUUAUCUUGGCCUUUAGAUUGUUUGUUUUAUAUUAGAAUGUAUAAUAAUUAUAGAUUGAGGGAGGAACAUUGUUUAUUCAGAUCUGUGAUUUGGUGUAAUUGCUUAAUCAUCUUUGUCUCAUUUAUGUAGGAAGAGGAUAUGUGUUUUUAUUUUAUUUUUAUUUGUGAUGUGCGUCUAGUGUAAAACAAAUUUGAUAGUGUUUGAUAUAGGCUCAAUUUUAGACCAUCUGCAAUAAAAGGUAUCUCUCCAUCUA